GCAACCAACUCAAAUUGCUCACUCCGUAUAUCUGCAUGAUGGGGAUUACGGUCUUCCUGGACGUGUUCAUUGGCAACAGCGAAGAACAUGCACGAGCUACAGUAGCGCAUGAUGCAACUGUGGCACUCCUUGCCAAGAACGCCGCCAUCUAUGGUCUUCCUUCGGUACCAUCCGAGCUCUCGGACGAGCAACAAGACAUCCUGAAGGAGCUCGACGUACAUACUUCCUCUGUCCAUUCACUUUUUCAAACUGAAAUCCAUGUUUUGCUGCUCGUGUUGCUCUGCCGUUGCUAUGGAUCCUUCAUGCUGAUCCCUUUGUGUUUUCUCGACAGAGUUCGCUAGACAUGCGUUUCGCACCGCCACCACCCCUGCUUGCUGGCAGGAUGAUCUUUGACCUAGACGACACGCCUGCUCUAGCCAAGACGACCGGGAACUUUGUGGCACUCUGUACGGGCGAUAAGGGGAUGUGCAAGAACGCUCCCAACAAGAAGCUGCAUUACCUGGAUUGUCCGAUCCAUCGCAUCGUCAAGGGUUUCGUCGUCCAAGGCGGCGAUAUUACUCGCGGAGACGGUAGCGGCGGAGAGUCGAUAUACGGUGGAAAGUUCAACGACGACAAAGCAGGGCUCAAGAAGAAGAUCGCCCGCGGCUCGCUUGCGAUGGCCAACUCAGGGAAAAACACGAACUCGUCUCAAUUUUUCAUCGUAUCGACCGACGACGAGACCAAGCUCGCAAAGAUGAACGGCAAGUACGUCGUCUUCGGCGAGCUCAAGGAGGGCUGGGACGUUCUCGAUCGGCUGGACGCUGUGGGCGGUGGGGCUGACGGCAAGCCCACCAUGGCUGUGUGGAUCGGGGGUUGCGGAAAACUAUAGCUGCACGUGUGGAGACGGCUUGGACCGUGAAGGUUUGAGAGGGCCUCGUGAUGUUCAUUAUGGCUGAGUGUAUUUGACGGACAUGAAGCAGGUACAUGUAAAGCUGACAUUCUGAACAAGUCUACAGUCUGCUAGGAUGCGCUGGUCCUUCGUCUCCCUCGCGCCGGGACGCUAACAUGCAACUGCUACCGCAACCAUUCUGGGGCUACCCCUUUCGGGCGACCAAUGAAAUAUGCUAAGCCGGGAGAAUGAACAGCGUUGUGUCCUGAGACGCCUUCCUGAGGCACUAGGUCUCUCGAAAGGUGGUAGCGACAUUUCCGGGUCUGACGUACGCCUCCGGUGGUACAGCAUUCCCUCUCUUUGCCAUGUGGUCAUGAAGCGUGCAUCUCACUAAAACCCUCACGGACAGCGCAGCGUGGACAUAUAUGAUUACGGACGUUGGCACUGAUUCCCGCGAUGUCGAGAGUGACGACAGGGUUGACGAUCAUUCAUUAUCUUCUGACCCGUCAUUCGCCCGCCUGCCAUAUGACUCAGCUGGGAUCAUUUCACCGAGCGUUACUAUGUGGCAGUUUGGCGCACGCUGUAUGUCGUCGGAGAACAACAAGAUGGCGGCUAUGCUCACCGUGUGUUAAACGUUCCUGGAUCAAGCAAGGUGGACCGAACAACCUCAGUCAGAGCCGCGGUCGAAGCGCUAGUACUGUCUUGGACCCGCUGAAGGUCCUUGGCAUUUAUUACACAAGCUCCGGCGAGGCGGAAGUGCAUAAAGAUGCGGGCGUAGCGGUCAGUUGGGACAUGAACUCACAUAUUUCACCGGCUUCCCCUACUUCGUGCUCAACUGUUGCAACCCUCUACCAUUGCACCGCACCGAUCAACAGCCAUGGUCAAUUCUACGUUACUUGGAGUGGUCCUUCUCGCCCGGCACGGCGAUCGUUUGGAGUUCUUCCAGGAUCCUCUCACCUAUAAUCCGACACAAACCUUUCUCACCCCACUUGGGAGUGUGCAAGAGCUGCAACUAGGCUCGUUCCUCCGUUCUGAGUACCUGGAUUCAAGUUCGCCCACUUUCAUCGACGGAAUCAGCUCCGAUGUGGUGAACAUCAACCAAAUCGACGUUCGUGCUGACGCCGGAGGAGGAGGAUCCGUUAUUCUGAACUCAGUCUAUGGGUUGCUGGGAGGGUUGUUCCCGCCUACUCCUGAUAACAACAUUACCCUCGCGAACGGUACUACCGUCACGAGUCCAUUUGGUGGUUAUCAAUACAUCCCUGUGGAAAGCGUAGAGCCCAACCUGGACAUCUCCCUCAACAGUUUCACGUCGUGCCCAAAUUUUGACAAUCACAUCAACCAGUUCUACGCCUCUGAACCCUUCGCGGCAGAAGCAGCUAUUGCUGCCCCAUUCCUGCAGCAGCUCCAGCCAUUUCUGGGCAAUCGCUCCACUGAUUUCAUUAACAUGUUCAACAUCUUCGACUUCGUGAACGUACAAUCGGUCCACAACGCCACUUUCCUCCAGGAAUUACCGCCCACAUUCGCCGCGCAGGCGUACGGGUUUGCCAACUUCCACGAGAACGGCGUUUUCACCGACGCGUCCCCCGGUGGCAUUGGGAACAUUGCGAUCAACACCAUUCUUCCCUCCAUCUUCACCUCCCUUCAGAGCUUCGCCAAUGCUAGCAACCCGCUCAAGAUAGCGUUGAACGAGAUCAGCUACAAGCCAUUCAUCAGCUUUUUCAACGUCACCAAUGCUACGGCCAGUCAGCCCCUGCUCGGCGGAAUCGUGGACUACGCCUCAGUAGCUGCAAUCGAGCUGCACGACGCCCUCCCCGAGCCGUUGGUGAAUGUCCGCUUCAAGAACGGCACUACUGACCCUACCUUCCACGACGUGCCGAUCUUCGGUCAGGCUUCUGUACCCCUCUCGCAUUUUAUCUCCACGCUCGCGCCCAACGCGAUCAACACCACGAAGGAGUGGUGCAUUGCUUGCAACCAGACGACACUCCGAGGAUGUUCGGUCUUUAACUUGUGA